UGUACAUAAAGGCUACUGAUUCUAAUCUCUGUGCCAGAUAUUUAUGGAAUAGCAAAUGACAUGAGAAAGACAAGAAGAGACAAAAGAGUGACGUAACCAACUGAACAGACUGAAAAAGUCCAGGGGGUGACAGUUAGUGGCAGCCUGUGUGUUUCUACCAAUCAAAGAGGAUAAACUGUGUCCUUUCCAGGCAGCAGCAGCACCACGUGUUAGUGACAGGUACAGCACCUGCUGCUGCUCCGAGUGCGUCACCCACUUCUAGUGAGGACAUCGAAGAGCAGGGAAAGGAGGAGCUAUUAAAGAGGGGGAGAGCUCAUCUGCAGUAUCCUCUGAACUGGCUUAAAAAGAGACCAGGAGGAAAAGAGGAAAACUGAAGAGAGAAGAGUACUGAUAACAGUCGGGUCACCUUGUUUAUACUCAGACGUCUGCAGCAUCACCCCCCCACCCUCACACACACACACACACACAACCGCACACACACUGUCCUCCGUCUUGUCCCUCCCUCCACCACAGAGCUCUGUCACGACUCAUCUAUCCGUCUGGAAUCAGAGGGAAGCCCUGGCAGCAGCACGGACACAGACAAGCGUCCGACAUCACACCGUCCAUCAGUGUCCCCUCACACAGCUCGCAGCCUGGACGGACAUCCCGGCGUUCCCCUGAUCAAAAUGAGGAAGGGGCUCCAGAGUAGUCAAUCUCACACAGGGCAUCAGCACAGCGGCGAGGAGAAAGAGAAGGAGGUGUGGAGGGAGAAGGAGGAGAAGGAGUGGCAGCACAGGAGGGCUGAGAAGAAACUGCUGGCCUUCUGGAUGUCCUUGUCCUACAGGACCUGGACCUUCUUCAGGCCCCGCGAGAGACCGGGCUUCCAGCGCUCUGCAUCGGCCGCCCGGCUGCUGAAGAGUGAGGCAUGAGGAGAGGGAGUGUGUGUGCAUGGCUGUAAUGAGUGUGUGUGUGUGUGUGUGUGUGUGUGUGUGUGUGUGUGUUGUGUGUGUGGAGGUCUGUCAGUAGCAGAGUGUCAUAAGAGGCCUCACAGACCUGCUGUCAAGUGGACCUGUGUGUGUGUGUGUGUGUGUGUGUGUGUGUGUGUGUGUGUGUGUGUGUGUGUGUGUGUGUGUGUGUGUGAAUGAAUACAUGUAUGUGUGUGCUCCAUUCAAGUGGAUGAAAGCAGCUUCCUCCACCUAGUCCACCAUUUGCAAAAGUACUUUGUGUUGCUGCCCUACCAGCACUGGAGUGACAGGUGAAGGGCAAAACAAGCUCGUUGAAUCCCUCUUUGUUGCUGUUUUUUGCUAAACUACUCCAAGGAAAACCCUUUUCAGAAAUAAAUCCCAUCUCCUGUGACUUUUGAAAGAGUCACAGGUGAGGUGAAGACAAGAAAUCUUCUCUCUGAAACGGAUCAUUCUCAAAUCUGCCUGACUGACUGAACAAAAAAGCUCGGAGGCUGAUUUUUGUGGUGCGGACGAGCCACCCCUCCCUACCAUACCAACAGUUUCCAGGCAGGGAUGGGUUAACAGGGAUCAGCCAUGGUGGUGACCCAUCUGGCUCUGGAGCUGCGUUUCCAGGGCAAGAAGCUGAGGGGCUUCUCAUGCAAAUUGACCCGCUCGGCCCACGGCUUUCUGCCAGAGAGCUCGUGGAUCAUCGCACUCCAGGUCCUGCUGCCGUACCUGGUGUCGGGCCUGGGCAUGGUGGCAGCUGGGAUAGUCAUGGAUAUAGUGCAACACUGGGAGGUGUUUAAGGAGAUCUCUGAGGUGUUUAUCUUGGUGCCAGCCCUGGUGGGGCUGAAGGGGAAUCUGGAAAUGACAUUGGCAUCCAGACUGUCAACAGCAGCCAACAUGGGGCAGAUGGAUGAGGCCCAGCAGCAGUGGAGGAUGGUGUUCUGUAAUCUGGCUCUCAUUCAGGUCCAGGCCACAGUUGUGGGCUUCCUGGCAGCGGUUGCAGCUGUGGGUCUCGGGGGUCUGACCAGGGGAAGAGUGGAUGUCACCCAGGCUGCAGUCCUGUGCGCCAGCAGCGUCACCACUGCAUUCAUCGCUGCACUGUCUCUAGGUCUGGUGAUGGUGGCAGUGAUUAUUGGAUCCAGGAAAGUGGGCAUCAACCCGGAUAAUGUGGCCACGCCCAUCGCCGCCAGCCUCGGAGACCUCAUCACUGUGUCUCUGCUUGCUGGGGUCAGCAGCUUCUUUUUCUGUUACAGAGACAUGUGGUACCUGCCUCCUGCCGUGUGUGGCUUCUUCCUGCUCCUUAUCCCAGCAUGGGUCAUUAUUGCCCGUCGCUCUCCACCAAUCAGAGAGGUCCUAAAGUCAGGCUGGCAACCUGUCAUUUUGGCCAUGUCCAUCAGCAGUAUUGGUGGUCUGAUUCUGGAUAAGACGGUGAGCAAUCCAAACUAUGAGGGUAUGGCAGUGUUUACUCCAGUCAUCAAUGGUGUAGGGGGAAAUCUGGUGGCCAUCCAGGCCAGCAGGAUGUCCACCUACCUCCACUACUGGAGCGUUCCUGGAGCUCUGCCAUUUAAAAUGAGUGGCAACUGUCCUGGACCCUGUGCCACCUUCUGCUCCUCAGAUGUGAACUCCAAAUCAGCCAGAGUCCUGGUCAUCCUUGUAGUCCCUGGUCACCUCCUCUUCCUGUACACCAUCCACCUCCUGCAGGGAGGCCAUACUGCUAUGACGUCCACGUUUAUCAUCUGCUACCUGUCUGCAGCUCUACUUCAGGUGGUGAUUUUGCUUUGUGCGGCCAGCCUGAUGGUGCGAUGGCUAUGGCGAAGGGGACUGGAUCCAGACAACUUCUCCAUCCCCUACCUCACAGCUCUGGGUGACCUGUUGGGGACUGGCUUCCUGGCUCUGAGUUUCAGACUGAUUUUGAUGGUCAGUUCUACUGGCACUGGAGUUUGACACAGACAGGUCGUGCACACCAUAAAUGUACUGUUCUCUAUAUGCAAGUGGCUGAAACAUACUGUUCAUUUCAUUUAUAAGUUCAUUUGAUUGAAGAAGGAACGUGAGGAUAAGAUCACAGGUGGUAAAUAUGGCAUUAUAAUUGUGCCUCAGUACUGUGUGUGCAAUGGGACAGAAACAUUUUUUGCAAGCAAAUUAUCAAAUUAUAGCAGCAUUAUAUUCAUGGUUCCUUUUAAAAAAGUACCCUUCAGUGUUUUAACUCUGCAGCAAAAGUGCUUGUAAAACAUGUUUAAAACCCUGACUAGUGUGUAUUUCUAAAGCUAGCUGACUUACUACUAAUCACCUCAUAGCACGCUUUUAAAAUGCUUAGUCAACUAGCUUAUUUAGGCUAAAUCUGGCAGACAAUUACAGAGGAAAUGGGUAGACUGGAGUGACAGAGGUUAUUAUUGUGUUCUUGCAUAGAUACUGUAAUAGCAAACAUGCACAUACAUUUAUUGAGCACAGUAUUUUUUUGUGUGGUAAUAGUUUCUCCAAUAUGAUAAUUUAAAGGUCCAGUGUGUAACAUUUGGGAAGAUCUUUAAAUAAAAUAUUCUAGUAUAACAUAAUCUAAUAUUAUAUUAUAUGUAUUUAAUAUAUAUAAUAGUAAUAUAAUAUGUUGGUAUUUAUAUCUAAUUCACAUUUUCAUUAGUGUAUAAUCACCUGAAAAUAAGAAUAAUUGCGAGAUGUUUUUAUGUAUCUACAGAGGGAGUGGGAGUCCACAAUGUUUCUACAGUAGCCCAGAACAGACCAACCAAGCACUGGCUAUAGAUAGGGCAUUUUCCAUCCAUAUACUAUAUGUUCUCCUACACGCUUGGUUGAGUCAAGGGGUUUUAGUUGGUUGGAAUCUGCAGACCCACCGCCAGAUGCCACCAUAUCCUACACACAAAAAAAUCUGUGCUCUGAAUAUCCUUUUGUGUUCAAGAUUGAGGCUCAAAUAUAACAACAUAAAUAAGUGGUUGCAAAAACAGAGGCAGAAACAAGCAGGAUCAAAAUAGAAAGAAUAGGGUGAGGAAAGUGUGGACUUCUUUUGCACUUUGGUCUCCAUAUUUGCCAGCUCACUGUGAUCAGUAGUUGCACACUGUUCCCUGGAGCUGCACUCAUCUCAAUACCAACACCACCCAGCGUGGCACUGUACAAACAACAUCCAUCUAAAAGGGAUACAAGUGGGAAUAUUGUAGAACCACUGUAUUGUUACCUGUUGACACAUCUGUAUACCUAUUGUCAGCUCUUAAAUGUUAGAUGGCAAAUGAUUGUAUUAAGGCAAUAAUAAUAUAGAAUUGAGUGUAAAUGUAUUCCACAUAAAUCACAUGCUGCACUGUCUGGAUGAAUGCUAGAUUUUAUUGUGUUUAUUUUAUGUAGAUGUGUGCCUUUAAACCGUGAUAAGCCUUCAGUUCUCUGAUGUGUUCCUAUGGCCUCUAAGUUUGAUGUUGCCAAAUUUCUACAGGAUAUUCAUUUUUUGUGCAGCAUAGUGCCACUGAAUAUAGCCUGUUGUACUUAACUGUCUCUACGUUAGUAUGUGUUCCAGGUAUUGACAGUACAGAUAUUUUCUUUGUGCUAUUUUUGUGAACAAAUAAUUCAGUAUGGAUCUCUCUGUACUUGGCCUUUUCAAUUGUUUGAUAUGCACUUUUAGAAAGAUUGUCUUUACUGAUCUGAAAAUAGCAUCCAAAGAUGGUAAUAAUCCUAUUUUCACAGUGACAUCAAGCUUGAUCGGACUUUGUAGUGCUCACAUUUGUAAAAACUUGUAGAUGACAUCUUUGCAACCAUGAUUUGUCAUUGAAAUAAAAGACUGACAUGUGA